AUGCCGGACGGAACGGAGUGUCCGAUACAAUUCGCUUCUCAAACGCUCAAUCGAGUUCAACAAAAGUACAUGCAAGUUGACAAGGAAGCUUAUGCCAUCAUUUUCGGCGUCAAAAAGUUCUACGGCCGGAAGUUCACGCUUAUCACUGACAAACAAGCAAUAUCCAAAAUAUUUGGAGAACACAAGGGGCUGCCGGUAAUGAAGUCUUCGGACCAUGCUAAAGCAGAUGCAAUGUCUCGAAUUCCCAUGGAUGAAGCGGAUCCUUAUAAUUUGGUGGAGGAAGCUGAUGUAAUCGAGUUGAACCAAAUUGAAACUCUGCCGCUGACUGCUGCAGAACUUGCCCAGGCCACAGCUGAAGAUAAGACGGUGCGGAAUCUCAUCCAAGAGAUCAAGUAUGGACAACGUUUCGGAGUGGAUAAGACCGAGUUCUCACUCAAGAAAAAUUGUUUGCUACGAAGUAUACGGGUCGUUGUUCCAUCUGUGUUAGGAAGAAGAGUGCUGAAAGAAUUGCAUUGUACCCAUUUCGGUACGACACGGACAAAGUCCUUAGCCAGAGCCUACUGCUGGUGGGUAGGAAUGGAUCACGAUAUAGAGGAGAUGAUAUCCAACUGUGCCGAGUGUCAAUCGGUCCGACCAAAUUCAGUGAAAACCAGAUUGCAUUGUUGGGAAAUGCCGACGAUGCCGUUCCAGAGAGUCCAUGUGGAUUUUGCUGGACCUUUUCAAGAUACCUACUUCUUCAUAUUGGUUGAUGCGUACAGCAAGUGGCCGGAGAUUAAAGUGUGCAAGUGUACUACUGCGGAGAGUACGGUGAAGAUGUGUCGAGAAAUAUUCGCUACAUUCGGUGCUAGUUAG